AUGGGGUCUGAAUUGGCGGCGAACAACCACCGGAGGCUCCUCCGGCUUCGAUGCUCUGUUCAGCACUACGACUGGGGCAGAGUCGGGCCGGAAUCCCUGGUCGGAAGGCUCUCUGCUUUCAACUCCCGCUCCGAAAUCCAACCGGACAAGCCCUAUGCCGAACUCUGGAUGGGUGUCCACGACUCCGGCCCAUCUUUCGUCGUCUCCGGCGACGACAACGGCGAGUCGAGUUUGAAAGACUGGAUUGCCCAAAAUCCUGCUGCGCUCGGCCACAAGGUUUUCACCAACUGGGGACCUCAUCUCCCCUUCUUGUUCAAGAUACUCUCUGUGGCUAAAGCACUAUCAAUUCAAGCGCACCCGGAUAAAGAACUGGCGAAGCAGCUCCACAAGUCGCACCCAAUUGCUUACAAGGACGACAAUCACAAACCUGAAAUGGCUUUGGCCCUGUCAGAGUUCCACGCCCUUUGUGGUUUCAUUUCUCUUCAGGAGCUCAAAGAUAUGUUGCAGAACACUCCAGAGAUCAAGGAAGUGGUCAACGCCGAAGAUGCAAACCAACUGCUGCAAGUCAACGACGAACAGAACGACGGAGGACUCGAAAUCAAAUCGAGAUUGAAAUCCAUCUUCACCCGACUAAUGUCCGCCAGCAAGGAGGCGGCAGCUGAGUCAGCAUCCAACCUGAAGAACAGAUUGCAGAGGGAAAGCCAGGGGAGGGAGCUAACGGAGAAGGAAAACCUGGUUCUACAACUGGAGAAGCAAUACCCAGGCGAUGUCGGCGUCAUAGCAGCCCUGUUCCUCAACUACGUGAAGCUCAAACCUGGCCAAGCUCUGUACAUCGGCGCAAACGAGCCGCACGCUUACGUGGCCGGCGAGUGCAUCGAGGUCAUGGCCACGUCGGACAACGUCGUCCGAGCUGGACUCACUCCCAAGUAUCGAGACGUCGGAACCCUCUGCUCCAUGCUCACCUACAAACAGGGGCGUCCUGAAAUCUUGAAAGGGUUUGCUCUGAAUCGGUACACGACGAGGUAUCUCCCGCCGUUCGACGAGUUCGAGGUGGAUCGGUGCUUGCUGCCGGGAGGGGAGUCGGCGGUGUUUCCGGCGGUGGAGGGACCGUCCAUUUUUGUGAUCGCGAGCGGGGAAGGAGCGAUGUUGACGGCGGGGUCUUCGACGAGAGAUGCGGUGGUGGAAGGGGAUGUCGUGUUUGCAACUGCGGAUACAGAGAUCAGUGUGAGGGCUGGAAGAACAGAGCUGCAUUUGUAUAGAGCUGGAGUCAAUAGUAGAUUCCUGCAAAUCCUAUGAACAAUGAGUAAUGUAGAUCCAUCUACUGACAACAUGUCAUCCUUAACAUGUCUUUCGAUAUAAAUGAAAUUGUGGCUGGCUGGUUUUAUCAAUUAUGAAAUUUCGAACG